AUGGUUGAGGCUUUCCACCUUCCUCAUAAGUCAAUCGAGACAUCGAGCUGUGUUGGUCCAUUUUUCUGGUCAGCAGGAGAUCACGAUGAAGAGGAUCCUCACUUAGAUAUUGUGCAACGCAAGAGUGACGUUCGGAAGAAGGGUUUCACUCGUGGCUGGGAAAUCACUCUCAGCCACGAAAUGAAAACUGGUAUAACUACAGGCUUCUGUAAGGGAACGCCCAGUUCGGACCUCGUCGAGUGUAUCAAACAUUUCAAAGCAUGCAUGUCGGAGAUCGGUCAUCCUUUAUUGUUGCCUAUUAUCAUGGUCAGUCACGACUUGUCAUCAGUGUCCGAUAUCAAGCAGCGGGAUGCCCGGGACUGGCUCCGUAGGUUAGAGCACGCUAUUUCGAUGCGGAUUAAUUUUCAGGAGGAAGAUGGCUAUACCAGGGACGGUCUCGUUGAUUUUGAGGCUAUCAACAGAGACUUGGUGGAAUGUCACUCCCAAGUGCUGUGGAAGCGUCCUGUCGCUUAUUACCGCAUCAUCGACUCUAUCAAAGAUGCCACAGAUGACUUUUAUCACGACUCCUCUGACACGCAGAGGUGCUUGAUGAAGAAGUUACAAGCUAGUCUUUUGUCUAGACUUACCUUUCAUCACAAAAAGUUAGAAGGCGCUGAGACUUUUGCAGAUACGACGAUGCAAAGACUUGAGAUACAGCGCAAUGCGUCAAUAUUUUCAACAACAUUUUUCUCUUUCAAAGACGCAGCCACCAUCUCCUCCGCUGUAUCUCCCAAUUUCUGGCUUUAUUGGGCUGUGACCAUUCCUGUCACUGCUAUCAUUGUUGGGAUUUGGUAUCUAUGGGAAAAGCAAAGAGCAGCAAGAUAUGAGGAGGAAGAUAGUGACCUCGAAAAGAACAUUGAGCAGAUGGAGAGAGAUAUAAUGGCGAGGAUGAGACAGAGAACGAUGAGCAAAAUUCGCACAUGGGAUACGAGGGUAAAGCGCAAGGAAGAACUUGCUAAUGAUCCGGACAACGAUUAUGGUGCUCUUCAGGCACCAAAGAGGAUGUUUACCAGUCUUCUGACUGUUCCUACUUUCUCUAACUAG